GUUAACACUUAGAUUUCAUCUAUUUAUGCUUGACGGGAAAAUGGUUUUGACCUCAAUAAACAUAUGAUAUAUGAGCUUCAUUCAUGAGCUUCAUUCUUCAUUACAUCGAUUCAUAAUUCAUAAUAUGCAAUGAAGUGCCAAACAAAGACGUUUCAACGACCUCAGCAGUAAAGUUAAGCAAUAGAGACCGUACGAGGCGAGGUGUGCUCCUCUCACAGCAGCGGGAUUGUCAUGUGCAGCUUCACUCACUCUCGCGUCGAGUUCACGGAGCGCGAUAGAAUCCGUCAACCGCGCAUCCCGCUCUGAAACGAGCAAAUAACCGUCCUGAGCCGCAGUGGAGUCUGACUGAGAACUAUCGUCUGCCGCUGGCGUCUAAAACAGCCGAGGGUGAAUGACUGCGGAGGCAGUUUAGUCUCGGAGCGCUCAACAGGGUGCUGAGAAAGAAGAACCGGACCGGGCGGAACCAGCCGAGACACUGACACGCACAUCCAUCAGACCGAAGAAACCAAAAUGAAGGAGAAGAAUUUAAUCGAGACGGCCAAAAUGCAGGGGAAUAUGAUGGAGCUGGUGGGAAGUAACCCUCCGCAGAGGAACUGGAAGGGAAUAGCGAUUGCACUGCUUGUUAUUCUGGUCAUCUGCUCUCUGAUCGUCACCUCUGUCAUUCUGCUGACUCCAGGUGAGGACGAUAGCCUGGCCUUUAAGGGGAAAGUGACAGUGGAAGAAAUCUUCAAGAAAGACUUUAAGGUUCACGACCCAAAUGCUAAGUGGAUCAGCAGUAAUGAGCUCCUCUAUCGUACCCGUGAAGGUGAUGUGGUCCGCUUUAACAUGGAGACCAACGAGAGUACAAUCCUGGUCACAAACAGGAAGUUUGAAAUGUACAAAGCCAGCAAAUAUGAGGUUUCCCCAGAUAUGAAACUCGUUCUGCUUGCCUACAACGUGCAACCGGUUUACGAGCACUCCUUCACUGCGGACUACAUCAUUUGCAGUCUGGAAACUCCGGAAACAUGGAUCCUGAACCCUCCAGAAGUGCGAAAUGCUCAUCUGCAGUAUGCAGGAUGGGGACCACGAGGCCAGCAACUGAUUUUUAUAUUUGAGAAUAACAUCUACUAUCGGGCCACUGUGGAGAACAGAUCCAUCCGUCUUGUUUCCACUGGGAAGGAGGGUGUAAUAUUCAACGGCCUGAGCGACUGGCUUUAUGAAGCGGAGAUCUUUAAGUCCCACAUCGCUCACUGGUGGUCUCUGGAUGGUGCCAGGCUUGCAUAUGCGACCAUCAACGACACGCUGGUGCCCAAAAUGGAGAUCCCCAUGUUCACAGGCUCCGUCUACCCUACAGCAAGACAAUACCAUUACCCCAAGGCAGGAGAGGAAAACCCUGUCAUCUCUCUUUAUGUGGUGAAUCUCAACGGCCCUCUGCACACUGUUGAGAUGAGAAGACCGGAGGACCAAAGAAUAGGUGAAUACUAUGUGACGAUGGUGAAGUGGGCAACAAGCACGAAACUGGCUGUAAACUGGUUGAACCGAGCCCAAAAUAUCUCCAUCCUGACCCUAUGCGUGGCCACAACGGGUGUUUGCACCAAGAAACAUGAGGAUGAAAGUGAAGGGUGGCUGCACAGACAGAAUGAAGAACCGCUGUUCUCUAAAGACGGUCUGAGGCUGUUCUUCACCAGAGCUAUCCCACAGGGAGGACGAGGGAAGUUCUUCCACAUCUCCAUGUCCAUCUCACAGCCCAACAGCAGCACAGAUACUCUGCAGUCCAUCACAUCAGGAGACUGGGACGUCACGCAGGUUCUUGCAUAUGAUGAGUACAGCCAGUUAAUAUAUUUCCUCAGCACUGAGGAUGACCCUAAAAGAAGACAUCUUUACAGCGCAGACACUGUGGGCACCUUCAACCGCCGCUGUUUGUCCUGUGAUUUCACUGACAGCUGUGGGUAUGUCAGUGGCUUCUUCAGUCCCAGAAUGGACUACUUCCUGCUCAACUGUAAAGGUCCUGAUGUUCCGUAUGUGUCGGUUUACAGCACCCAUGACAGACAGAAGGUGCGUGACAUCGAGUUGAAUCUGAACAUGAGGAUUAUGGUGAACUCGAUGCAGAUGCCGAAAGUGGAGUACAGAGAAAUAAACAUAGAGGAUUACAGCCUCAGCAUGCAGAUCCUGAAACCUGCAGGCUUCAUAGACACCUCACACUACCCACUUUUGCUACUUGUAGAUGGGACUCCAGGCAGACAGUCAGUCUCAGAGCAGUUCCACAUUGACUGGACGUCAGUGCUGGUCAGCAGUUUUGGGGUGAUUGCAUUGCGCUUUGACGGUCGUGGAAGUGGCUUCCAGGGGACUAACUUACUCCAUAAGGUGCAGCGAAGGCUGGGAAUGUUUGAGGAGAAAGACCAGCUGGAUGCCCUCAGUAUUAUGAUGCACGAGCCUUAUAUUGACAAGACCAGAAUUGGAGCUUUUGGGCAGGUGUAUGGAGGUUACGUCACCAGCCUUCUGCUCAGCUCUGAGGACUCCAUGCUCAAGUGUGCUGCAGUGCUCUCGCCCAUCACAGAUUUUGCGCUAUAUGCUUCAGCUUUCUCAGAGAGAUACCUAGGCCCUCCGAAGCCAGAUCGGAGGCCAUACGAGACGGCCAACCUUGCAUACAGAGCGUCCCAGUUCAUUGAUAAGAAGUUUUUAAUCAUUCAUCCUACAGCAGAUGAAAAAGUUCAUUUUCAGCACACAGCCAAAUUCAUCUCCAGGUUAAUCAGCGAGAGAGCAAAUUAUACUCUGCAGAUCUACCCUGACGAAGGACACUUCAUUCACAAUGAGGGAACGCGGCAGCACCUCAGUCAGUCGUUGGUCAACUUCUUUGAGGAGUGUUUCCGGCUCACGGACCAAGUGUUCGAGGAGGCGCUAGAAGAGGAGAGCGAAGAGGAGGGUUAGUUCACCCGUUCCAUGAUGUCAAAGCACAAAGCCAGCUCCUUUUGCCACCUUAUAUGCAACCCAUAGAUUUGAACCCUCCAGUUUUCAGUUCCCUCCCGGUGUCGCAUGCUGACUCUGAGACUGCCCUGCCUGGUACUCCUGCCUCAGCUCCCCUUCAGGUGCUCCUCACUAUACAUCAACCCUUGACAGACCACGGCCGUGCAGCGUGUCACGGCAACCGGCUGGCGCCACAUCAUCUCGCUCUCCCCAGCAGGCCAGUUAUGAGCUUUUGAAGGCGUUAGGAGUCUCUGGUCUGUCCAUCACGUUGACGAAUGAGACGCUGCGAUAUUAACUGACCGCCAAGCGCGAAGGCCUUUGAAUCCCUAAGAGCUGUGAGACUCGCAGCUAGACUGAGGGGUCAUUUGGUGUUUGAUUCAAAUAGGUAUUUGGUGUUUUGGGCAAAGGGGGUUGUUGUUGGGAGAACGUAUCAUUUGUGGUUCAAAAGGUCUUCUUAUGUCCAAUUGUGCUCGUGUGUGGUGUUGCAAUGUAAAAGUCGCACAUGAAAACCAUUCACUUGGAUAUCGAUAAAACUUGUUUUCAGUG